AUGUGGCGGGACACGCCAGCUGCAGAGAGAGAGUGGGAUGGUCUCUCUCUCUCUCUGCCCCUCCCAGAUCCCGGCACGGGGUCCAAGUCCCAGAAAUCGGGGCCGGAGACGCCGCCCGAGAAGGCGCACGGGACGCUGGACGGGGCAGACGCCGGCAAGGAAAGCGGUGCAGGCGCUGGGAACGCGACAGGCCCGGCGGGGGGUGCGAACGGGCCCCUGUCCCAAUCCAACGUGCCCGUGGUGGCUGGGGCGGCGGGGGGCGCCGCCUUCGUGGCCCUGGUGGCGGCGGGCGUGACGGGGGCCGUGUGCUGGCGCCGGCGGCGGGCCAAGCAGAGCGACACUCACCUCCCGCCCCUCUCGCUCAGCAGCCUGACUAGCCCCAAGCGGGGCGGGGCCGGCGGGGGGGGGAACAACAACGGGUCGGAGCCCAGCGACAUCAUCAUCCCGCUACGGACAUCGGACGGGACUUUCUGCCCCCACUACGAGAAAGUGAGCGGGGAUUAUGGGCACCCUGUCUACAUUGUUCAGGAGAUGCCCCCCCAAAGCCCCGCCAACAUCUACUACAAAGUGUGAGGGGGAAGGGGGGGCCGGGCCCACCCCGGCGCUGGCUAUGGACUAUUGCCUCUCCCCCCCGAAUACGGACGCCCCCCCCCGGUGCUGACGGGGUUCACAAGGAGCCAGGACGGCGCCCCCCCAAUGCGGACGGCCCCCCCCAGUGCUGACGGAGACGGAUGCCCCCCACUCCCGAUU